AAUAAAUUAACAGAUGUCGGGGUGAUAUUUAUAUCUAUCGAUAGGACAGCUCGUAUCUGAAAUCUGAAUGACGAUCAGCAUGUAAAGCUUUAAGUAAACGUCUACUGAAACCUAAACUAGAUAUAGAAGUAUAUAAGUAGAGGAAGACACUCAUGAAUACAAGAUACAAGCAUUGCGUAAAACAUAAAUACUCAGUGGGGUGUCUUGUAUUUUCUUCUUGGAGUUUUACUUACUCAGUUACUCAUGCACAUACAAUACUUAGACUUAUAUAGUUAAGUUACUCAUCGAGUAUUAAGUAUAUUUUUAUUUUACAAAAGCACUUUUUUUUAAUCCCCGUACCGUCAGUUGCCUUUGGCUUUUGCUUAGUUUGCUGAUAUUCUGGGUGUAGUAGUUAGUAGUCCCGUGUAGUGUAUUUGUAAAGAAAACGCAAACAUUCCAUUGGUUGCCGGCGCCAAUGGUGACUUCUGCACGGCUCCAAGUUGUCGUGGGAGUGGAGAGUGGGGUCUGACAAGAUCACCACCACGACGAGUAAAGCGAGACCAAUACUACAAGAAGGAGGUGUAAAAAUGACCAAAUAAAAAGGGGAAUGAAUUUAAAGAGAAGAAAGAGACUUCGAAGAGGAAGUAGAAGAAGUUAAGCCGGUUAGAGCAGUGCAAUCGAGAGCUCAUUCGCUUUUGGAGCAUAUUCGCCUGUUGCUCCCUUUUAUUUACUUGUUACUUUGGGGCACUUAACAGGGUCACGCUUUACUCAAGUGUUUAGUGGAUUUUAUUCAAGUGUAUCUAAAGUGGAAUUUAAAAAUUAUUAUCACUAUUUUUUAAGAGAACAAUGACUGCCGCGUGUACAGAUGAGACACUUUUGUGUCAACAAAUAAUUACUACUAGUUCAAACAACUCGACAUUUUUUGAAGUCCAAAAAAAUGAUUUAGAUAAAGAAUUGUUUACAGACAAUAGCAACAGUGAUAGUAAUAAUACAACAAAAAGCUUAGCUAAUGGUGAAGAUAAAAUAGAAAGAGCGACUGUAGAUGUAGAUGUGGAGCCUUGUACGAGACAACUGGAUAUAUAUCUGGAAUCUCGUGGAAUCCGGACGUGGGACGAGCAUGAGUACACGUGCAUCGGAGAAGCCGCGUCGUCGAGCAGCCUAGAGAGCACAAGCCACGAGUUAAUAAGCGAGGGAAACUCAUCCGGAUACAAUUCAUCCGGUAUUGACGAUAAAAGUAAACGCGACUCUGAUUCUAUUUCAACUUCUAGCAGAAGCGACUCCGGAGAAAUGAACUGCGUCGCUUCUUUGAUCACCAACUCGAUAAAGGACAUUGAAAAUUCGGUCAAUAAAGUUACUUUGAAUGACAUUGAGCUGAAAAAAGUUAAACGUAAGAUAAUAAAUGUAAGUAAAAAAUGUGCGAGGAAAGAAAUAGACCACGAGGGGAUUGAGAUUUUUCACGAGGCUGUCAGGAUUGGAGACGCUUCUAAAGUUGAAGAGCUGGUGACAUAUGGUCUUAUUGAUGAUCUUGAUGAGCCUGAUUGGAAUGUUUCUGGUGAUCCGCCGCUUCUUGUCGCUGCUACUAAUCAUUCUUUGCCGAUCUUGGGCAUAUUGUUGGCAAGCGGGUGCGAUGCAGGCGCACGUUCGCCUCGAGGAGAAACUGCGCUACAUCGAGCUAUUCUUAAUGGAGGACCUGGUAAUGUUAAAGAGUUUGUUAAAGAGUUGCUGGAGAAUGGAUGCUCGCCGAGUGUUAAAGAAGCUGGAGGUGGUUUGACAGCACUCCACAUUCUUGCACGACAGCUAGCACACAUGCAGCCGUCAAGAAGUCUUCACUAUAACUUUGAAGAAGCUCUAGAGACACUUUCGAUUCUUGCUAAAGCCGGCGCGGUCAACGAUAAAGAUCAUCAAGGACGCAGUGCGCUACAUAUUUUAGCUUCAUCGACAAUACUUGAUAGUAACAACAAAAGAGAGAUAGAAUUAUUGAUAAAAAUACUACUAGAAGCAGGAGCUGAUCCGACUUUAAAAAAUGAUCGUGGUGAAACAGCGCUUCAUGAAUCAUUAGAAUACGGUGCUUUGAAUACUGCUGAUAUAUUAAUGCCCCACACACCGAUUGGAAUAAUAUCACGGUAUGGUGAAACGCCUCUCCACAUUGCAGCGAGAAAAAAUCAUACUGAAGUGGUGGGUAAAUUACUGAAAAAUGGCGAAGAUCCAAGUAUACAAGAUGCUGGUGGUAAUACUUGUUUGCAUCUGGCUUCGGCUCGAGGUUUCCAUCAAAUAGUAUCAUUAAUAGUGACCUCGCCGCUAACACAACUUGAAAAAGUUAACGAUGAAGGUCUUACCGCCCUCCAAGUAGCUGCAGAAAGCGGUUUUGUUAACGCUGUUAAAAUAUUGCUCAAAGCCGGUGCAAAUCCGGCUCUAAUUACUAGUAAUUGUUCAGUACUACGUCGUCAUCCUGAUAUUUCGAUAAUUAUCAACCACGAAUUGACAAAACGUCGUCAACUUGCUACUUAAUUUUUUUUUACUUUUACUAUAAUACAUAAUUAAACAAUUAAUUAAUUCAUUCAUUAAAUUUUAAAAUUAUUCUUCUCUUAAUCUACAGUGAAUUUUUAUUUUAUAUAUUGUGAUAAUAAUAACAGUCUACUUAAACUGGUAUACGUGUAAAAUCACUAAUUGUACGGUUUAUAAAUAAAUUAUAUUGAUAAAAUUCAA